UGUUAGUGGACCAUGUUAUGUGUAGGAGUGCAAAAAUGCGAAAAAUUAAUUCCUACCACGCAAAUUUCCUUCAUUAUUCCUCGUUGGCCAAAGUAGGCGUAGGAGGGCAUAAUACCUUGGAAAUUUUUUUGAACUCAACACGACCACCACUUCGUUCAUUUUCCUCUUUCCAAUGGAGUCACGUGAUCUUAAUGAGGGAAUGACAAUAAAAAAAGGCCUACAUUUCAAAUGCAACCGGAAAAAAGCUUCAAGUAGCAAGCAAUGCUGUAGAUGUUUUUUGUAUAAGGUGGUGAACGCUUAAUUGGGUAGGAAUAAUUUAACAACAUGGAAAAUUUCAAUACCAUUAGUUAUACGUUGGAAUGUAGCCCUUAUUUCUACUCUUGUACCAGCAGAAACGAGCGCAGCAGGGUAUAGUAUUGAUGUAUUAACCAUAUCCAUACUCUAGACGCACGCAAUCAUAACAAGUCAAAAGGUUGAACCUCUCUGUGGGACUUACCAGUCAACACAACUAUCUCGUUAUCACGUUUCUUUGUGCCAAACGAGUUUAAAGUCUAGUCAUUUCCAGAAGUUAUAGACAUUUUAGUCCAGAUAUUGUGGCUAUAUUAACAAGGUGACUUUUAUAUUAAAAAUUGAAGAGCGCGGCGCCAUGGAAAAUUUUUAACCGGUGAUACAAACAGUUUUAACCACGCUUUACCACAUCCGCCAACGUACCGGUGGACGCUCCAUCAGUAACAGAUAAUGAAGUACCAGUCUUAUUCAGAUAACUUUAGCUUAAAAGGGACCCAAAUGCGAAGGAAAGCAAGACUCCUGAGAUUUACAAGCCGAUUAGAGCAGAAAGUUAGGGCAUCAACAUGAGGACAACACUGGCGAUUAUUUUCCUUCUUGCUGGGAUUGACUAUACAGCCGCUACGAAACACAAAGGUACUAGUAAGGAUACCUAAGCCACAAUUCAUGAUAAUUACGAAAGGCUAUUUGUGAAUUUGUGUAUAGCUUUGAUCUUAAUGUUUGCUGUAGCCUAACACUGAAGUAUUUAAUAUGUCUCACCUUUUUAACACUAAAGGAAAUCUAAAUGAAUAAUAUGUUACGUUAUUGAAAAUCACUUUAAACAUUAUGAAAAACACUCUUACUGAUUUUUCACUUCCUUCCUUCCUUCCUUCAUUAAUUGACUCUUACUUUCACAACAGCAGCUGCUCCCCCUAAAGAAGAUGGUGUGCCGAGUGGAAGCAGUGGUAUGUUGGAAGAAAAAACGCAAACAUUUCUUUUCAUUUCAUUUCAUUUUAUUUUCUACUUAAUUCUUUUUUUUUUUUUUUUUUUUACGUGGGCUUCAUAUUAGACACUCAGGUAUUAUUUGUCUCAUUAAGUUCAAGUCUCUUACUUGUAGACACCUAUUACUUCGCUUUUAGCAACCUUCGAGCUGUAGCUCGCGUUUUCGAUAUGCCUUUUCAAAGGAACCUCUAAAUUCACGAAGUUAUUCGGAGAGAUAAUUUUUUGUACUUUUGUACACAAUUGUACUUCCUAGUUCGCAGCCUGUUGAUCGGUCCUUUAAAAACUGAGAUUUCAAAACUACUCUUUACGUGUGACCUCUUUUGUUGAAAUAACAGUUUCACUAUUUUCCUUUCUCUGUUUUUUUCUUAACAUUUUUACCAUUAUUUCAAUGAACCAAACGAUUAAAUCGGCAGAAGAAGAAGGCACACACCAUAAGAAAGUGAUUCGAAAUUAAAAAGAAUCGUUCUCAUUCGCGCACCCAGGGUUAAUAUAUCUCCUCCCUUUUUACAUUAAUUCUAUAAAUAAGGUUCCAUGUCUUUAUCCUCUUUUUUUUUUUUUUUUUUUUUUUUUUUUUUUUUUCAAAGAAUGUGACCCGCCACUCAGGGACGAUUAUUGCCUCAAUGGUGGGACGUGUUUUAAGCUUCCAGGCGUCGCAGGUUCCCAUUGCGUUUGCCCGAAGGGUUUUGAAGGGGCAAGAUGUCAGGAUGUAACGAUUGACUUCGAUAAGUCUGGUGAAAAUUCUAACUAAUUGUGAAAUUGAGUUAAUUUGCU